AUGCUAUAUUUCCAAAGGAUCUUGGGACUUAGGAGGCCUUUCCAUGCUGAUGACGCAAUUCCAAAGGAUCUUGGGAGUCUAUUUUCUUUAAGAGAAUUAGCUCUAGGAGGAAAUAGAUUUUUGCGGCUUCCAUGCCUAAGGGACCUUUCUAAUCUUGAGAGUCUACUAUUGAAUGAUUGUAAAAACCUUCGUGCAAUCCCUAAUCUACCGACAAGUUUGAAGGUGCUGAUUGCUGAUGAUUGCAGUGAAUUGGAAAGAAUCCCAAGCUUUUCCGAAAUGUCAAAUAUGAUGAAGCUGCAACUAAAUGAUUGUCCAAAACUCAAUGAUUUUCCAGGCUUGGAUAAAUCUUUAAACUGCAUGAUGUCACUGACAAUGCAAGGGAUCAACAGCAUCACUACCAGUCUUCUUACUGAGAGCUUCCUACAGGGAUGGACCGGAUUUGGUGCAAUUUAUCUCUCUGGAGGUGAAAUUCCUGACUGGUUCACAUAUGUCAAUAAGGGAGACCGAGUCCAUUUUGAAGUGCCUCAGAUUAUUGGUUGCAAUUUGAACGGGUUGACUCUUUGCAUUGUUUUUUCUUCACGUAUAAGAUACUUUGAAGCCCUGAGUCUUCAUCUUUGUGUUAAAAAUCGUACCAAGAAAAGUAAAUUUUUCGCCCAUACAAAAAGCAUAGCAGUAACUACAGAUACUGAAGAUUAUCUCUGCCUGGUGCAAUUGCCAAACGAGGAAUUCACUUUGGAAGCUGGUGACUCCGUCAAUAUUGAUGUAGACAUUCAAUAUUCUGGCCAGGUGAAGAAAAUAGGAGUUCGAGUAUGUGACAAAUAUAUUAAGUCGAUGGAUUACAACUCGAACCAUCCAUCUUUCUCUGCAUGGGAUCUUGAGGAUGUUGAUGACAGCGAUAACGAUGAUGAUGAUGAUGUUGAUAAUAAAGAUGAUUUUGGUCAUCUUAUUGAUUUUGGUAAUCUUAUUGAUUGUGGUGAUCAUGAUGUGAGUUAUGUUCAUGCUUAUGGUCUAUCUUAUGAUCACUACGGUUAUCCUGAUCAUGAAUCUCACUAUCAUUAUGUAUAUUAUUACAAUUACAAUGGUGAUACUCCGAAGCUUGGGAGAAGAUUAGCUGAGUCUGUCCCAUUUCAUGUAGGAUGUAGCUAUCCUACAUGCUCAUUUCAUGAAACAUUUCCUUUCAUUUAA